AACAUGAGAAAUCACACAAUGGUGACUGAAUUCACCCUGCUGGGAAUCCCUGAGACAGAGGGCCUAGAGAUUGUGCUGUUUUCUCUGUUCUCCUCAUUAUAUUUAUGUACUCUCUUAGGAAAUGUGCUCAUCCUUACAGCUAUCAUCUCUUCCUCCCUGCUUCAUACCCCUAUGUAUUUUUUCUUGGGAAACCUCUCCAUGUUUGACCUGGGUUUUUCUUCAACAACUGGUCCCAAGAUGCUGUCAUACCUUUCAGGGCAGAGUCAAGGUAUCUCUUUUCAGGGCUGUGCUGCCCAGCUCUUCUUCUACCAUUUCCUGGGAUGUACUGAGUGUUUUCUGUACACAGUGAUGGCCUAUGACCGCUUUGUUGCCAUUUGUUAUCCUUUGAGAUACAUGGUCAUAAUGAACCACAGAGUGUGCUCCUUCUUGGCCACAGGGACCUGGAUGGGUGGUUGCAUCCAUGCCUUUAUCCUAACCUCCCUCACCUUCCAGUUGUCCUAUUGUAGUUCUAACAAGGUGGGUUAUUACUUCUGUGACAUACCUGCAAUCUUACCUCUAGCCUGUGGGGAUACAUCUCUAGCCCAGAGGGUAGGUUUUACAAAUGUUGGUCUUUUGUCUCUCCUUUGCUUUUCUCUCAUCCUUGUUUCCUACACUCGCAUUGGGAUUGCCAUAUCAAAAAUUCGCUCUGCAGAGGGCAGGAAACGAGCAUUCUCCACCUGCAGUGCACACAUUGCUGCAAUUCUUUGUGCUUAUGGGCCAGUAAUCAUCAUCUAUCUUCAACCCAAUCCCAGUGCCUUGGUGGGUGCUAUAAUUCAGAUAUUGAAUAACCUUGUAACCCCCAUGCUGAACCCACUGAUCUACAGCCUGAGAAAUAAGGAUGUAAAAUCAGCUCUGAGAAACCUAUUUCCCAAGAGAGGACUUCACUCUGGAGAGUAA